AGAAGCAACCUCCUAACCAACCCCCCAAAAGAGAGAGAGAGAGAGAGGGAGAGAAAGAAAAAAAGAGAGAUGAGUGAUGAUAAUGAAAUGAAAAGAAAGACUCGACCUGGGGAGGGGGGAGGGGGGGAGGAAGAGCCAAGGAGGCCCUGGGGGUAGAUUUGAUUGUUGUCCGGGGGGUAUAUAAGGGGUUUUAAGGAGAGUCGUGUGCCAGACGCACAGCCACGGAAACACAAGCAGCUUCGCUUUAACUGGAGGCGAGGGGCGCGUGCCAGCAGCUCGCCCCGUCGGGCUUGCCUUGUCUCUUGCGCACGCACACGCGAUCAGCAACACCAAACUCUCUCUCUCCCCCUCCUUCCGUCACCCCGGCAAAGGGGUCUGGAGCCACCCCAACGCCCGGCAACAGUGGGACCCUCUCCAGCAAGCAGGGAGGGGAGCGGCGCGGGGCCAAACCCGGGCUGCAGCUUUUGCACCGAGGGGGCGGUGCGGAAAAAAAAGGAGAGCGCGAGAGACGCGCGACCCGACGCAUUCCCUGGCAAAAACAAAAACAAACCCCAAACAAACUCUACGCAGCGCGCAGCAAAAUCCGACCGCCUCUAGAAGGAGAGCCAAGAUGUUUGUGAAGCCGGAAAACCUGGAACUGAAGGAGGAGGAAGCGCUGCUGCUUGGAGCCCGCUCGCCGCCCGCCUCCUCCUCCUCUUCCUCUUCCUCCUCCUCCUCUCUGACGCAGUUCUCGUCCGGCUCCGAAGGGGAGGACGAGGAGGAGGAAGAGGCGUCCCAGCCCCUCUCGCCCUCGGGGCCGGCGGAGGGCGUCCCCGGAGCGGCUUCCGAGCUGGCUCACCUGCGCCACCUGGGCCUGAGACGCCACGACUGCAAGCGGCGCUCGACGGGCCGGGCCCGGAGCGGCUCGCGGGCAACCAAGACGGUGGAGACCGUGCAGCGCCUGAAGAAGAGCCGGCGCCUGAAGGCCAACAACCGCGAGCGCAACCGCAUGCACAACUUGAACUCGGCACUGGACGCCUUGCGCGAGGUGCUGCCCACCUUCCCCGAGGACGCCAAGCUCACCAAAAUCGAAACGCUUCGCUUUGCGCACAACUACAUCUGGGCGCUCAGCGAGACGCUCCGUCUAGCCGACCACGGCGUCGGGGGCGUCGGUGGGGCGGCCGUGGCGGCGGCGGCGGCCGCCUUCUCGGAGGCGGUGCUGGGCAGCGCCGACGGCAGCCCUUCGCCAGCCUCGUCCUGGAGCUGCACCACCAGCCCGGCCCCGUCGGCUGCCUCCUCUUCUUCUUCGACGUACAGCUGCACUCUGUCCCCCUGCAGCCCUGGGGGCAGCUCCGCCUCGGAGCUGGACUACUGGCAGCCGGGCAAGCAGCGCUACGCGCUGUCCAGGGACCUCAUCUGACGCCCCAAGGUUAUCCUCGCUCUCGCCCGGCCUCCCGGUCAAUGCUUGACGCUGAACUGUCGCCGUGGAGCGCGGCGCGCAGGCGCCCGCUUACCAAACAAGGACCGAGGGAUUUGGGCGCGAUCCCGGGGAGAGUUCGGCCC